AGAGAGCCAGACCGGAUACUUCAUGAGGGAAGAGGCCAGGGACAGACAGCCAGCCCCGGCUUCUCUUCUCUUCACCCAGAUUAUCCCUUAUUCCAAGCCCCGGAGCCCGAGCAGGGUGUUGCGUCAGUGUUCGUAGGAUGUCCCGACAUGAAGGUGUGAGCUGCGAUGCAUGUUUAAAAGGCAACUUCAGAGGGCGACGAUACAAAUGUUUAAUCUGCUAUGACUAUGACCUGUGUGCAUCCUGUUACGAGAGUGGUGCGACGACGACGAGACACACCACAGAGCAUCCCAUGCAGUGUAUAUUAACACGAGUCGACUUUGACCUGUACUACGGCGGUGAAGCGUUCUCAGUGGAGCAGCCCCAGGCCUUUACAUGUCCCUACUGUGGCAGGAUGGGCUACACAGAGAUCUCUCUGCAGGAGCAUGUGGCUGCAGAGCACACGGAGACCUCUACAGAAGUGAUCUGCCCCAUAUGUGCAGCGCUGCCAGGUGGUGACCCAAAUCAUGUGACGGAUGACUUUGCUGCUCAUCUCACACUUGAACACAGAGCACCCAGAGACUUGGACGAGUCCAGUGGGGUACGGCAUGUGAGGAGGAUGUUUCACCCAGGGCGCGGGCUGGGCGGGCCGCGAGCACGCAGGUCUAACAUGCACUUCACCAGUAGCACCACAGGGGGGCUCUCCACCAGUCAGAGCUCCUCACAGAGCUCCAACUUCAGCAGAGAGGCCAUGGAUCCUAUAGCAGAGCUUCUUUCCCAGUUGUCGGGGGUGCGGCGUUCAGCGGGCGGCCAGCUCAGCUCGGGCCCCUCGGCCUCUCAGCUCCAACAGCUUCAGAUGCAACUCCAGCUGGAGCGCCAGCAGGCCCAGGCUGCGCGUCAGCAGCUGGAGACGGCCCGGAACGCCAGCCGAGGCGGAGGCCGCGCCAACGCCAUCCUGAACACGAAUUCAGCCGCCGCCAACCCAAACCCGAGCAGCAACCACAAUAGCAACGCUACUCCCAACCCGGGCCCACCUGAGUCUAACACACAGCACACUGCACAUAGUUCUCAGUUUCUACUCAGCAGGCUGAGCGAACCGCGGCUGUCCGAGGCCGAGCGGCAGCUGUGCGAGGCGCAGUGGGCCGACAGGAGCUUGUUUGUGACGGAGCUGCUGCUGUCCACGCUGCUGCCCAACCAGGACGCCGCCGCCGCCUCCUCCUCCGAGGACGAGGACGACUGUCACAGCUCGUUGCGGAAUUUCGCUGACUUCGAGGCCAUGGGCUGUGUUGAGGUCAUGACCUUGGACGUGGCACUGGAGAACCUAAACCUCAAGGAGACAACCCCAGCGACCAAGACGACAAAAACGACGGCGAAAACGGCACCGGCGAAGAAAGAGCCUCCGGCGCCGCCUCUUUGAUGACAUGGCCACCUCCUCUCCUUAAAGCACCAUUGUUACUGGCUGACUGCUGAGUCAGUCCAACUGCCAAUGGAUGACAAAAAAGACUGCAGUUUUUUUUUCGUUUUUUUUUUCUUUGGGCUUUGUUUUAUUUUUAUUUUUUCUCAGUGAUUGUCAUUUCAGCUCUGUCGCGCCCCCACGCAAUCCCCCCCCCCCACGCCAUGUCUGUUAAGUUGUGUACAUUGAAUAAAAUGAGUGAGACGAGAGAAUGUGAACGCAAGCGAAAGAGUGGUAGGUGUGUGCGCGCUCGUGAGAGAGAAAGAAACAAACAAAAAAAAAAACUAUAUAAAUAUAUUAUAGAAAAAUCUAUAUGAACGUUGAUAAUCAAGUCCAUAUAACCCGUGUUUCCUCUAGCAGAUGAGCAAAAGCGUAGUUAGCUGUCGUAGGAGACAAACACGUCACAACACUCACCCGGGGAGAGGAGGAGGACGAAAACCUCUCCAGUAAAAAAGAAAGAAACAAACGCUGCUGUGUAUUUAUAGUUAUUAAUUAAAGAAGUGCUUGGAUGGUCUACCACAACUUAAGCAUGAGCUUAAAUCACCAUGUGCCCAUUUUUAACUGCACAGUCACCAGAAGGGGAGGCCUCGCUUUUCUUCAGACGCCCGAGAAACUGUAAAUUAUCGGUGCCGAGUGCCACUUCAUUGGUAUUUGUGUACCACACACACACAGACUGUGGACUGCAGUUUGGUUACAUUUAUGUCAAGUCUCACCCGCCCGCCCCCCCUUAUGUGACAUCACAUGUUUUGGGUCAUGUGACCUUGCUUUAUAUCGACUGUGGACACUUUGAAUUGCAUAUCCAGUGUCCCCUUGUGUACACUACAGUUGCUCUACAUUAAGGCGAAACACAACUCGGAGACGAAAAAAAAAACGUGACCACGUUCAGGUUCUUUCUAACGAAGAAACACAAACCCUGGUCUUCAGUCCUGACACGAUUGUCUCUUGUUUUUUUUUUUGUUGUUGUUUUUUUUCCCUUCUCUUUCUGUCUUUUAAGGAUGACCAGACGCUACUUUCUCAAGCUUCCCGUGUUCUGAAAUUAAUCUUCUCUCCAUUACUCUUGAAUGCAAAGAAAACUCAUGUGACUUGAAGGAGAGAAACCUGUAUUUCUCUUUUCAUUGAUUUCUCAGUCGAAAAAGAUCUUUGUAUGCCUCCACUGCUACCUGAAGAAAUGCUAUGUAUGUUUUUGGCGCCAAAUGACAGGGUAAACCUUUCAGUUUGGAGGACAAUAAAAAAUGUUUUGGAUGGAAAUCAACUAACCCAA